AUGUUAGGCAGGCGUGGCGCGGGACGAGGGGAAGUCGUCAGUACCUGGCAUAAGAUUGGUGCCACUGCUGCGGGCAUCGUUGCCGGAUACCUUCUCGGCGUGGCUUUGAUGGAGACGGUCGAUAUGUUUUACGCGACCCCCGUCAACCCAACAGCGGUGGCUUUGAGCGGCAAUCCGGGGCAAGGUGGCGGCGCGACCAAGGUCGGUGGAAAGACCAUCCACUCUGUCUUGACCAGCAACGGGAGCCCCUACCAAAAUUUCCAGGGACGCAUUAUGCCCAAAGGGACCAACACUAAACUCCCUGGCGACACUAUUCACAGCAUCUUUACAUGUGGCGGGGACUAUUAUCAGGAUUUCCAAAGUAGAAUCAUAUCGGCCAGACAUGCAGUCGCAUUUGGGGGAUCUACUUCUCAUCAGUUCACCCAAGAGCCCUGCGUGUAUGGGACCUACAAGCUAGUGCAGAAGAUGCCCGGUGGUGACAAGCUCACAGGCUUUACACGUAUCCUGCAUCGCAUGAAGCCGGAUGAGCUUAUGGACGAGAUCCCCACCUUCAGGGCGAACCCGCUGCACCCUGAAUGCGAUGAGUGGUGUGACUUUCCAGUGGCGGACCGGCCCAACGCGGUAAAGCAGUGGUUGGACGCCGCAGCGAAGGAGCCCGGCAUGAUUAAGGGCGCGUGGAUUCUGUUGCUGGAGUGCGACUAUGUUUGGAUGCGGCCCGUACAGGCGCCGGACGCGUACGACACCAGUGCGGUCGGCUUCCAGUUCAUGUUUGACUACAUCAUGCCAGAACAUCCAUGUAGGUUUGCUGCCGUCCCUUUUAUGAAUAAGCUCAGUGGCGGCCGGGUGGAACCAAAGGACAUUCCAAGGUCGGGUCCGGCACCUGUGCUGAUCCGCUACACGGACCUGGCCGCCCUAACUCCCGACUGGGAGAGGGUCACCGCCGCCAUCGAAGCGGAUCCGGAGGCAGUGAAGCAGUUGGACUGGGUUCGGGAGAUGUACGCCUGGGACAUCGCACUGGCCCUACACAACGUCUCGAUGGUGACAGAGACACCGCCGCACAGUCGGCUGAUUGCCCAGCCGCCGCACGACCUCGUCCUGGGAGACGCAGCCAUGUGUCACUAUACCUGGGGCACGCUCUACUUCGAGAACAAGAAGGAAAUUUGGAAAUGGGAGAAACGUGACUAUACAUCGCGUGAGGUUGCGCUGAAGGUGCCGCUGCUCACCAUGCCGCCACAGCCCUGGAAGGAGGGCUGGGUCCUUCAGGACAACCUGCCAGUGACCCGGGAGCUGCACGAGCUGGUGACCGGGAUGAUUGGUCAAAUGAACAAGGCCAUCAGCACGCUGCCGGACCUGAGCAAUGCGCCACUGCGGACGUGA